CCACUACCCACUACCCACUACCCGCUGUCCGCUACCCACGCACACACCGCCACUCCCGCAUCCCGCCCCGCGCCAUCUGAGCACUUCGUGCUUCAGUCGCUAUUCUCGUCCAGUUCGAUCUCUUUGCCCUUCCGUUUCUCUUCUCUCACAUUCCUUGGCUUGGCUCUCCUAUCCGGUGACCCUGCAAACAACCAAUUCAAACGCAACCCCCACCUCCCGUGACGUGACGGAUAAUACGUGCGGGAUUUACCCCGAUUCUCUCCCUGCCUUGCCUGAUAGGAUGGAUCUGUUUCGGCUUCUACGCUCUGGCCACCGCGGCAACCCCUUGGGCAACCCCGUCUCUGCCGUGGCGCGGCUGAACCUGCAGCCGAAGCCGCUCCAAAACCCCGACAAAGACGUCCUCGUCGGUGCUGUGCUGGCCCUGGGGCCCAGUCUCCAGCUCGCCCUCCACAUCCUCCUCGACCUGUUACCCCUGGAAGAAUCCCGGGAACGCCUGGCCGAAGUCUUGUGCCCUACGCUUGGGCAACUGCAACACUCCCUCGAGGAUACCUUGGCAUCCUUGAGGGCUAUCAAGGAUGAUGUGACACAGCUGCAUCCCAAGCGGCCCGACGAGACCGCCACCCCGAAGCAUCCAAGCUUACUCGUGCUCAUGCCCGAGCCUGAUUUCACUGGCAAGUUGGAUGCACGAAAUGGUGACGUUGUUACCAUAGACGAUGUGGAACUUCAGACACUAGAUGGUGUAUAUGUCACGGAGGUACCUCAGAUGGUGCACAGCCCAGAAGAGGACCCGGAGCACAGCCUAGACGAGGACCCCGAGCACAGCUCAGACGAGGACCCCGAGCACAGCCCAGACGAGGACCCGGAGCGACCAGAGCAGCUAGACCAGGCCAUGGAGAGGUUCCCACCUCUCGACCAGACGGUCACUCGAUCGCCCAAUGCAGACUGCAUUUGCCAACAAGGGAGAUCCGACACUACAACCAACUCACACCUGGCCAAAGAGCUCCAUGCGGAGAGGCGAGUUAACGCCGCGAUUCAAGUGGCCGUAGACUCGCUGGAGCUUGCAGAAGGACAACUGAAAAUCGUCAAGGAAGUCAACCGAAUCCACGGGGGCAGUUUUGAGCUUCUUCAACAGCACUUUUACGACGGCUAUAACAGAAUCAUUUUCCGGGCGCUCCAGCUUGAGAGCCCAGGGUUUGGCUUGCCUUCCCAGCCCGCAAUCCUAGAUGCCGUCGUCCCCAAAGACACGGCUCCCCGAGUACACACGGGUCCCCGAGUACACCCGGCUCCCCGAGUACCCAGCCAAGAAGAGGUACGUGCUGCGGAGCCUGGGCUGCAGCGUACUGUCUCUUUUGGGCGCAGCGUAACUAUUCCGGCAACCCUCUUAGAUUCAGCAUCAAGGAACUCCGUGUCCAGUUCACCAGCCUUGGUGAGGCGCAACACGGUGCAGGGAAUUGUAGAGGAGCACGCAAGAGAGCGUCCGACGAGGCUGGCGCCGAAGCGUAGAUUGUCUCUGGCCGAGGAGCUGGCACUGGCAGCGGAUGAAAGCAGCGACGAGGAGGACGAUUGGGAGGGAGAAGGCCUGGCUGAAAGCGGCGGAAGCGAACGGGAGUCUCGAGACAGCUCAGCAGACGAGACCGACGAGAGUGACCGUGGCAGCACAGGACAGGGAGAAGAAAGCGACGAUAGCGAGGACAACAGUGAAGAAGAUGACGAGACGGAAGACGACGAGGAUGGCGAGGAUGGUACAGGGCUGGAUCCGAAAAAUCACCUCAAGGGAGCACCGACAGUCACUGCUCGGCCGAAAAGACCCUCAACAAGCGCCACUAGAAACGGCUGAUACCUCAAUAUAUGAAAUAGAGUAAAGGCGUUCAGAGGUCCAGCCGUCAAACGGACCUGCCACGGGAGUCUAAAGUCGAUCCUAGCAUCUGAAAUACUUCACUAUAACAAGUGAUUGCGCCUUUUCUUUUUGUACCAGUAUGCUUAACUGCAAUAUCCACAUACAUAUUGUUACCCUGAAGUAAUAUUGCUUAGGCUAUAUUCCAAAAUGAAAGAUUGGGUGACUAAGUAGCUAAGGAGGUACGCGAAUAAAAUAUUU